AAGCGAAAACCCUAAAGCCGCCGCCCACACAUCCCCAAGAAUAAAACCACAAGGCCGCGGCUGACAUCCCUCCCCAGCUUACACCUAGCCGCCGCCGCCGACGAAAUCCACCCAAGCCGCCGAGCUCGUCUCGUCGUCGUCGCGCUCUAGGCUUUUGGGAUGGAGGCCGAGACGGCGGCGAAGAGGGCGCGGGAGAGCGAGGUCGCUGCGGCGGCGGACGGGGCCGGUGAGCAGGCGGGGAUCUCGGCCGUCAUCCCCGGAUGGUUCUCCGAGAUCAGCCCCAUGUGGCCCGGCGAGGCGCACUCGCUCAAGGUGGAGAAGGUCCUGUUCCAAGGCAAGUCGGACUACCAAGACGUGCUGGUUUUCCAGUCCUCCACCUACGGGAAGGUGCUCGUCCUGGAUGGGGUGAUCCAGGUGACGGAGAGGGACGAGUGCGCCUACCAGGAGAUGAUCACCCACCUCCCUCUCUGCUCAAUCAAAGAUCCCAAGAAGGUCCUGGUCAUCGGGGGCGGAGACGGCGGCGUUCUGCGGGAGGUCUCACGGCACUCCUCGGUGGAGCAGAUCGACAUCUGCGAGAUCGACAAGAUGGUGGUCGAUGUGUCCAAGCAGUUCUUCCCUCAUCUGGCCCUCGGGUUCGAGGACCCUCGCGUGUCCCUGCACAUCGGAGACGGCGUCGCCUUCCUGAAGAAUGCUCCAGAGGGCACCUACGAUGCAGUGAUAGUCGAUUCCUCCGAUCCAGUAGGUCCUGCUCAGGAGCUGUUCGAGAAGCCGUUCUUCCAGUCCGUCUCCAGGGCUCUGCGUCCGGGCGGGGUCGUCUGCACCCAGGCGGAGAGCAUAUGGCUGCACAUGCACAUCAUAGAAGACAUUGUCACCAACUGUCGCCAGGUUUUCAAAGGCUCCGUGAACUACGCAUGGACUACGGUACCCACAUACCCAAGCGGAGUGAUAGGUUUCAUGCUCUGCUCCACCGAGGGGCCUAGUGUUGAUUUCCAGCAUCCUGUCUUCAGCAUCGAGGAGGACGAAUACUCCACAAAAUCCAAGGGGCAGCUCAAGUUCUACAACUCCGAGUUCCACACCGCAUCGUUUUGUUUGCCAUCAUUUGCGAGGAGGGUCAUUGAGGCCAAGGCUAACUAGAUUCUUAUGAAGAUGGUCACUGAAACCAAGGCCAACUAGAAGAGCUGGUUUGGUUUCAACACAGGGAGCAAUCUGUCUUAGCGUAGACAGAGGAGAAACCCCCCCCCCCCCCCCCCCCCCCCUUUUUUUAGCUUGCAAUAAGCCCACAUGGAAAUUAUUGGUACCUGUGAUUCUGUGUUGUAUGUCUCAGGUUGUAUUUCCUGGCUAUACCUGGUGGUAUGAGAACCUUCUGAAUUUAGUUUU